CCUCCGCCGUCGGAUAUGGAGAUCUCGGCCGUCCGAUCCGUGGCCGUGGAGCUCGACGUGAGUGCGAAGGGGUCGGAGAUCGAGAAGGCGGUGAAAAAAGCGUGGGCUGCGUUUGGGCGGAUCGACGUGUUGGUUAAUAAUGCCGGAGUUCGAGGUGGUGUAUAUUCUCCAAUAGAUUGGCCUGAAGAAGAAUGGCAAGCUAACAUCUCCACCAAUUUAACUGGAUUGUGGCUCGUAUCCAAGUAUGUAUGCAAAUUGAUGAGGGAUACAAAACAGAAAGGGUCUGUAAUCAAUAUUUCAUCCAUUGGUGGUACCAUGCGUGGACAAUUACCUGGAGGAAGUGCUUAUUCCGCAUCAAAAGCAGGAGUGAUUGCUCUUACAAAGGUUAUGGCCUUGGAGCUGGGAGUGCACAACAUCAGAGUGAAUUCUAUAGCACCUGGGUUAUUCAAGUCUGAGAUAACUGAGGGUCUUGUGCAGAAGGAAUGGCUUAACAAAGUGGCAAUGAAAACAGUUCCUCUAAAAACCUAUGGCACACUAGACCCAGCAGUGACAUCCCUUGUGCGAUACUUGAUACAUGAUUCAUCGCAGUAUGUAACGGGCAAUAUCUUCAUUAUUGAUGCUGGCGUAACUCUACCUGGUCUCCCUAUUUACUCCUCUCUAUGAGCUGAAGCUCUGGCAUAACAAUGGACGAGUGCAAAUUCAGUGCUUUACAGGAUCCGGUUUAUUUGUUGGCAUAUACCUCUAUUCAUUGGUUAUAUGAAUACGCGCACCUGGGUUCAGAGAAAAAAAAGGUGUACUUAAUUUUUGAGCUGUUAUGUCAGAAUCUCAUUCUUCAUUUGUGUUCUAAAUAAAGUUCGCAUAUUUUCUGUUACUUGGUGAAAUAAUAUUGUGUUUUUGAGA